AUGCUACUUUAUCACAGUGAGCUCAGGGUAUCAGUUAAGUCAUACCCUACUCGUUACUCGAAAGUCGUGAUCACGUCACGCUUUUGA